AAUUUGGAAUAGGUUGCACUGCUUUACACAUAGUUCUUCAGCAUGUUGAGCAGUCGUAAAAUCAAAUUUCUUCUUGAAAUUUUCUGUGUGUUUUUAUAAUUAAAUAAAUUAUUAAAGUUGUAAUUUUUAUUUUAAGCACAGAGAUUUUAUUAUUACCUUUAGUUAAUUAAUAACUUAUUUUUUACUUUACAAAUCAAUUAUUUAAUAAUGUCUGGUGAUGUUCAACCAAGAAAACGUAAAGAGAAAAGACGUAAAAGAGUUGACAGCGAGUACCAUAUACAAAGGAUACAAAUUCUCGUUGACUCAGAAUCUGGAACUCCGCCACCGCAAUUAGUUAAUCCAGCUGAACAUGCGAUGGAUAACGUUACGAUACAUGUCUAUAAAGAAGGAACAACAGGAGGUCAUUGGUGUGCAAAAAUUAUAUUUUUUACCUUAUUUACAGCACUAAUUGGUCUGCUUGGUGUAAUUAUUUUAGAGCACCGAGGUACAACUGAUGUGGAUACAACACUAUCUAGUUCGAAAUGGGCUACGAUUUUUGAAGGUUGGGUAGAUGAUAUUCUUCCGAGUCAUGAUGAUGAAAAACAUCACGAAGAAAGUAGUAAAGAAGACGAUGAACAUGAUGAAGAUGAACAUGGUGAAGAUGAUGAAGAAGAGCAUGAUGAUGAUGAAGAACAUGAUAAAGAAAGUCACGAAGAAGAUCCUGAUGAUGAUGAAGAUGAAGGGAUUGGGUCUGAAGAUGUAGAAAAUGAUGAAGAAGAAGAAGAAGAAGAAGAAGAAGAAGAGGAAGAGGAAGAAGAAGAAGAAGAAGAAGAAGAAGAAGAAGAAGACGAAGAAGUAGAUGAUGAUGAAGAAAAAGAAGAAGAAGAAGAGGAGGAGGAUGAUGAUGAAAUUGAUGAAUUGGAAGCAAUAAAUAUUCAAGAUGAUGAUGAAGAAGAAAAUUCUGAAGAUAUUGAAGAUGAUGAAGACGAGGAUGAAGAAGAAGAAGAAGAAGACGACAAUGAUGAUAAUGAAGAAGAUGAAUCAAAAGCUGAAAAUGAUGAAGAUGAAGGUUUUGAAGAUGACGACAAUGGUGUUUAUGAGAAUCUUGAUGAAGCUGAUGACAAUGAAUCUGCAGAGGGAAAUGAUGAAGAUGAUAAUGAUGGUGAUGAUGAUGAAAAGACAUCAAAACCUGAAGUAAAAUAUAGUAAAAAGAAUACACGACAGCCUUCCAAGAAGGAUGAAGACAGUUAUGAAUUCACAGGAAUGCCUGGAAUUGAUGAUGGAGGCGCCUUCGAAAAAAUGGAAAAAGUAGAAGGUAUUGAGGUUCCCACGGAUAAAAAUGAGGUAGUAGAUGAAACGAAUGUGCCACUGAAAUUUGGAGUUGGUGUUGCUCUUGUCGUUGCCGCUCAUAUUGUACUUAUUAGAAGGUGGAAAAAUGUUGACGCUCUCAAUUCGGAAGAAACUACUGAUAUAAAGAGAAGAAAUACUACUGUACCGCCUACUAGUUCAAAAAAAUUUACACAAGAUUCCAGUCAGCUACACCGACAAACAAAAACUUAUCAAGAUGUAAAAUCUAAAUACAGAAAUUUGCAAGAAGAUAUUAAAAGGGUUAACAAACCAUUAAGUUCGAAAGACGAAGAGACAAAUUUAUUAAGAGCAACAAAAGAACAGGAAAUUCACACAUCUGAAAGUGAACGACAUUCGGGUACUGAACUCGAGUCAGAUUAUAUGGAUGAUGACUUAGAGCCUGAAGAAGACUUGGAAGAUGAAGAAGAUUUAGAGGAUGAGGAAGAAGUUGAAGAGGUCGAUGACAGAGAUUUGGUUGCUAAAUUAGAAGCUAAGUAUGGUAAGCUUCCAACACCGAGUCCGAGCGAAGAAGAAGAAGAAGAAGAAGAAGAAGAAGAAGAGGAUGAAGAAGAGGAAGAUGAAGAGGAGGAUGAAGAAAUUGAAGAUGAAGAUGAAGCAGAUUGGAAACCAGGUAUAAAUGUUCCAAAGACACAAAAUCCCGCUAAUGAAGAUAAAAAUUUAAAAGAAAAAGAAUCAGCGAGAGGACGUCAAGUUAAUCCACCACUUCGAGGUGGUCGACAAGCUGUUGAUUCUGAAGACUAUGAAAAUGUUAAUGUUCAAGAUGAAAUUGAGCAUUGGUUAGCGAAGGAUUUGGAUAACUGAUGUUAUCAUAAUAUUUUAUAAUAAAUUUUCAAGUAUUUAAAGAACUUCUAGAUUUAUAAAAAUACAUUUUUCUUAAAUAA